CAAGAGGCUCUCGACCGAGUCGCGUCGUUUGCUGGCGCUGCUGCAUCUGAUGAUGACGUCGACAGAAAUGUCAGGUAAGCCGAGCUAUGUGCAGUCUAGCCUCACGACACUGCUGCUCGUUGCUCUAUCAAUGUCCCUCGCUCCAGUGACGGCAUUCGUCUGCUUGCUCUGUCACGUUUGCCAGGAUGUCCAUCGACCGAUCGAGACUGCCAAGCUAUGGAUCAGGCUCGUCAGGGAGACGACAGGCUCGAGGUCCUCCGAUCGUACCGUUCUCAUCACCGGUGGUCGCACCACAAAGUCACUCGUCCUCAUUCGCGCUUUCAGCAAGGCUGGCUGGAGAGUCAUCCUCGCCGAGGAGAGCCAAUGGGGCAAUCUGGCAGCUUCACGAUGGAGCAACGCGGUCGAUCGCUACUAUCCUCUGCCGGACCCAUCUCAGUCCUCUGCGGACAAGGCAGAGUACUUCCGCAGGCUGAAGUACAUCAUCGCUAUCGAAUGCGUGAACCUCUGGCUACCGUGCAGCUCCGCGGGCGCGUCAGUCGAGGAUGCCCACCUGGCGGAUCACAUUCGCUCGAGUGGCUCUCACUGUCGUGUCUUCCUCCCGACGGAGACUCAGAUGGAAGAUUUACACUGGAAGGAUCGCUUCGAGACGCUCUGUCGUUUGCUCGACAUGCCUGUACCCGAGGCCCAGACAGUGACAUCUAUAGACCAGGCAGUCACUUUCCUGCACUCAUCCACCUCCACGCAUCGCUUUUUGGCAAAGUCACUCGGUCUCGACGAUGUCGGACGGGGUGACAUGACCCUCUUGCCGUUGCAGACGCCCCAAGAGACCCGCGCACACUUUGAGCGCUUGUCUGUCGCGCCUAGCAAGCAGACGCCCUAUGUAUUGCAACGAUAUGUCAGCGGCCAUGAAUACUGUACUCACGCUGCCGUCAGUGAUGGUAAGAUACUGAGCUUCGUUGCAUGUCGCUCAAACGACAUGCUCAUGCGCUAUGUCGAUCUAUCUCAUCACGAGCCCAAUGUCGCAACACAAGCAUGGCAAUGGACCGAGACAUUCCUGCAGAGAUGGCAGACACAUCUCACAGAACGAGGCAGUCCACAAGCAAGCUUCACCGGUCAUAUCAGCUUCGACUUCAUCCGCGAGCCCACCGAGGAGACUCUCUAUGCAAUCGAGUGCAAUCCGAGAGUCCACACGGCGGUCACUCUGUUCGAUGACAAAAGCGCGCUGGCCAGCUCGUAUCUGUAUGAAACGGAGAUCUCUCCACCGCCUCGCGUAAUGGCAAAGAGUUGGCUAGUACAUUCAGUGCCGCUAGCCGCGUUCAACACAUUGCCUCAAUCCUUACGGACCGCUGCGUCGCGACUGCAUCCUCGCCUAUUCAGAGAUAGAAAGUGGCACGAUGUAACAGCGUCACCCAUGCCAGGGAUGAAUGUCCUUGCGCUACUGGGUCGGCACGCCGUUGGUCUAGAGAAAGACGCAGUCUUUGAUGCCUGCGAUCCACUGCCAUUCUUCGUGCUCGCACAUGUUCAAUGGCCGUGGUUCCUUCUGCGCGUUGCGUUCAGUGGCCGCGGAUGGGAUCGCGCCAACGUGAGCACAUCGCGCAUUUUCACGUGUUGAUGUACUACGUCUGCAAUGCAUGUAACAUUUGCAGGAGGA